AUGUCAAUAUUGAGCCCCCGACAACAGCAGGAGCUAAAUCGGGCCAUAGUUCAGUAUAUUGGAAAGAUCAUAAGUGAUAAUUCCGAAAAUCUUGAACAUGGCGAGAAAAACGGAGUUUUACAACACCAAGAUUUGGUUGAUAAAGUUGCCAACCUUCUUGAUGUUCCUACAUCAUCGGAAGACUUGACAACCAAUUAUCUCGAAAAAAAAUGGUCUACAGUCUUACGACUCCAAAGGAAGAUUAUGGAUUUGACCGAUGAAGUUUCCAACCUCAAAACCAUUAUAGAAGCCAAACAUGCUAAUGGUGGCUCCGAAAUCAGUAAAGACAAGAUCAAUUGGCUCCCAACAUCCGUAUUUAAGACCUUUCCUACCCAAACACACCAAUCAGUCAACACUGUGGCAGUCCAUCCAUACCUACCACUAAUCAUGGCGGGCUGCAGUGACGGCACCUUAUCAGUAUGGAACAUAGCCAACGACGAUCCACUGAUCCCAGAAAAGUCGAUACGAGCUCAUAGUCGUGCGGUCAAUCGAAUACGAUGGCUGAACAGUCCCGUAGAGCUAUCUGUGAAGGCUGGCGCGAGCAACAAGCUGUACAUAUUUGCAUCAUGUUCGUCUGAUCUUUCGAUUAAAAUUUGGGACGGGAAUUCUAACUCUCAAAUCCGAAUACUUACGGGCCACGACCACACCGUUUCUUCAAUUGCAUUUCUGCCCUCGAAACCAUCAAUACUAUACUCUGUUUCGCGGGAUAAAACCACCAAAAUCUGGGAUUCCACCAAUGGCUACUGCACAAGAACCUUUAUUGGCCAUAGUGACUGGGUGAGAGACUUGGAUGUUAUUGCGGCCAAGCAGAAGUCGCUCGGCGACUUUAUACUAACGUGCUCGAACGACCAAUCUGUAAGGUUAUCACACGCCGACUCAGGUACUGGCUUAUGUCUUUUGGUUGGACACUCGCAUGUUAUUGAGCUGGUGAGAUUUUUACCUAUGCAUUCCAAUGCUCAUAUCGACAAAUAUUUGAAGGAAAACUCCGACAGAUUUCCUUCUAUGCCGCCUGAACUCGUUUCUGCGCCCAUAUAUGACGAUGUUUUAGGUUACAAAUACUGUGUUUCCGCUGGAAGGGACAACAUUGUUAAACUCUGGCUCAUGCCUCCGGCAGUCGUGAGACCUAACGCCCACCCACUACCUGCUGCAACCAAUAACUCACAAGGCUGGCAUAUAGCCGACUUGACAGGCCAUCAGUCGUGGGUGAAGACACUACAAGUGCACCCUAAUGGGCGGUUUAUAUUCAGCGCAGGCGACGAUAAAUCUAUAAGAGUUUGGGAUCUUUCGACACUCGCCACUGGUGGCCGAGUAACCGAAGUAAAGAAGCUCAUGAAACACGAAGGCUUCGUCAACGAUAUCAACGCGGCUCCAUUGAGUGAGCCAAAGGAUACGACGAAUGAAGACAUCUUGCAAGAUAUAGAGAGUCGUAUGAGAUGUGUAUUUGUGAGUGGAGGUACAGAUAACACCGUUCGUCUUUGGAGUUAA